CAGGGAUCUUGACAGUCACACAGCAGAGAAUAACCAUGCCGAGGUCAUUUUUGGUGAAGAGUAAACGAGCACAUAGCUAUCACCAACCACGAUACCUGGAUGAUGACUACAUUAGAAUGGAUACUAUUUUAGCCCAUAUAUGCGCAGAAAGCAAAUUGCAGGUUGAGUUUGAGGGGAACUGUGACGCGCAGGUUGCUCCUAACCUCUCCCCCGAAUCCCGUCUGGUGCACACGGCUGACCACUCCCCCAUCUACCCGCUGAGCUGCGAGGGCAGCGUGUGCGACCGCUUCUCGGACUAUGACGACUACUGGCGCCCUCCAUCUCCAUCUGCAUCACCAGAUUCGGAACAAUGUUUCACUCCGUCAGCAGACGACGCUCACCCUUUCGCCAUUCCAUUUCGCCCUUACCCAUGGAUUACCUACUCUGGCUCCGAGCUCAGGCACCUUGUGCAGCGAACAUAUCAACACAAUCUCCCCACAACCCUGGAGCCCGACAUACAGAUGGGCCUCUAUGGAUCCGAGGAUGGUGCCACCAACUCCCUCAUUUACGCACAGAGGGGCCCACACACUGGAUUUUACAGGGACUUUGGGUCUACGGUGUUCCCUACCUAUAGAAUGCGGGACGCCGACCAGUUAUAUUCGGACCUCAAGCUGAAGACCAAGGCCUCUGAAAUCAAGUCUGAAUCCGAUCUCAUCUGUUCCCGUCUAGAACCAAGUGGAUCGUACAAGUGCAUCAAGUGUUGCAAGGUAUUCUCGACGCCCCACGGGUUAGAGGUUCACGUUCGUCGGUCGCAUAGCGGAACUCGCCCCUUUGCCUGUGGAUUGUGUGGGAAAACGUUUGGGCACGCAGUGAGCCUCGAACAACACAAGGGCGUUCACUCACAGGAGAGGAGCUUCAACUGUAAAAUAUGUGACAAAAGCUUCAAGCGCUCAUCCACGCUGUCCACGCACUUGCUUAUCCACUCCGACACGCGGCCCUACCCUUGUCAGUACUGCGGGAAGAGAUUCCAUCAGAAGUCCGACAUGAAGAAACACACCUUUAUCCACACAGGUGAGAAGCCGCACAAGUGCCAGGUAUGCGGGAAGGCCUUCAGUCAGAGCUCCAACCUCAUCACGCACAGCCGCAAGCACACAGGCUUCAAACCGUUCGGCUGCGACCUCUGCGGCAAAGGAUUCCAAAGGAAAGUGGAUCUGAGGAGGCACAAGGAAACACAACAUGGAUUGAAAUGAAAAACUGUCAACACCGAAAAACUGUGCUGGAGAAUUCGAUUAUUUUAAUACAUGUAGCGUAAAU